AUGACCACUCAAACGACUACGACCACUAGCGCAGCUCUGCACACUCAUCUUGGUGAUCUGAAGCUGCGCAAUGCUGCGGUCGCCGGCCCUCGCCAAGCCCAAGCAACACCAGCCACAGGCUCCGGUGCUGAUGUUGCAGCCGAACAGCUUCGAGCGUUCCCAGGUCUCGGCUUCAAGCUUACCCCCACCGAGGAGAGACUUCGUGCUAAGCGCAACUGGGGCUUCCUGGAGAGCGCCUACGACAAUUCCAAGGUCAUGGGCCUGACCACGCACUUUGUCACAAUCACCAUGGCCAUCCUCUUCAACAAGUCCUCGUUGGCCAAGCCAGCUUACGAUUGGCUCAACACGUACGACCGCUUUACCAUCCACACUGUGCACACGUGGAUCCUGCUUUCAAGCUGCCAGCUGCUGCUCGUUGGCCUCUUUGCUCUUACCGACUUGAGCGGCCGUCCGUCCUGGCUGGCAAGGUAUCGCAUGCAGCCACACAAGCCUCCCACGGUAGCUCAGUACAAGAAGCUCAUGCCCGUCGUUCUGUUCAACUUGGUGGUCGUCAACACCAUCUCGAACCUCAUCUACUACCCUCUGGCCGAAUGGCGAGGCAUCGAGACGACAUACGAGUCGCUGCCUUCCGGCAAGAAGCUGGUGGGUCAGUGGCUCGUCUGCCUCUUGAUGGAGGACAUCGGCUUCUACGCCGUGCACCGAGCGCUGCACCACCCCAAGAUCUACAAGUACAUCCACAAGAAGCAUCACGAGUUCAGUGCACCCAUCGCCGGAGCAUCGACAUACGCUCAUCCGCUCGAGCACUACUUCAGCAACCUGCUGCCGAUCCUGGUCGGCUUGCUCAUCACGCGUGCUCACCUCAGCGUCCAGUACCUGUUCUUCAGCGGACUGAUGAUCGGAACUCAUGCUCAGCACAGCGGUUACAACAGUGAGUCAACCUGCCAUGCCUUUUCACCCGAUGCAAGAUGUGCCUCGAGUAGGAGACUGACAAAAGCUCUGUUUUUCCCUGCCGCUGCAGUUCCAUUCUUGACGUGCGCUUUGGUCCAUGACUGGCACCACUAUUUCAACACGGAGAACUACGGCCCGGUGGGCUUGCUCGACGCCAUCUUUAAGACCAAUAAGACCUUCAAAGCCUGGACGAGCGAGACCGUCGCUGCAUUUGAAGGCGAUCGCGCUCAGGCGAGGCAAGCCGCACUCGAGAAGCUUGCUCAGAUCGAAGCUGAAGAGGAGGAACGAGCCGGUUGA